CUUUUCGAAACACUUGGCUCUUAUAUUAUAAUAAAUUUAUAUUUUUACGAUUUGUUUUUCCUGUAAAUUAGUGAGGUUCAAUGUAUUUUUUUAUUCGAUAGUUGCGUGUACCUGACGAACCUUGCUUGAUCAUCUUCUUUCCCUCCUAUACUGAUACUUUCAUACCAGCAAUUGUCAACGGUUUCUCCUUCUUUCAACGCAGGCGACUGUGAACGGCCUUUUUAUAUUGUUUUCCUCAUAAGUCUACAGUUGAGUCAUGGUGCUACUCCUUGCUGUAGCUCUCACCUUCAUAACGGCGGUAUCUCUUGCCGCCAUUCUUCGGGUCAUCUAUCCACCUUUGUGGCGUGACGUGUACACUCUAUUUGUGUCGUAUAAAGUCAUCAGAAAAACGAGACAAUCAUGCACGACAAGGGAAUUUGUGGUAGAUCAGUUCGAACGCCAUGCGAGGGUAACUCCCGAUGCUCCUUUCAUCAUUUUUAAGGACUCGACCUUUUCUUACAAACUCGUUGAUCUGCAAGCCAAUCGAGUAGCUCGUGCACUGUUGGAGUACGAGAUUUCCUUGGGAGACACGGUAGCGCUUGUCAUGUCCAAUGAACCAGCUUUCAUAUGGCUGUACUUAGGUAUACAGAAGCUGGGUGCUCGAGCGUCACUUGUUAAUCAUCACCUGGAGGGAGACAGUUUACUACAUAGCUUGACCACCUGCUUUCCGAAACUGGUUAUUGUUGGAGACGGACAUGAUGCUUACCUGCCUGGACGCGUCUUCCCGCUAAAAUCCUCUCUGGAAAACACUCAAGUGGUCACCUAUGGACCUUCUCGACCACCGGUUGACCUCCCGUGUUUUUCAGACGCAAUGGACAGAGUCUCCUCGGAACAGCUUGACUUAUCUCUACGAUCUACACUAAAGCUCGGUGAUCCGUGUGCCUUCAUUUAUACUUCCGGGACCACUGGUCUACCCAAACCCGCUAUCAUCUCACACAUGAGAGCGGUGUUGCACAGCCACUGCUUCUCCCCCCUGGGGUUCUCGCAUAAUGACGUCAUGUACCUAACCCUCCCUCUGUACCACGCCUCUGCCACCAACUUGGCUCUUCUCAACGUCAUCAGCGUAGGUGCGACAGUGGUACUAAGAGAAAAGUUCUCAGCGUCUCAGUUCUGGAGCGACUGUUGCAAAUACGAGGUCACGAGCUUCCAGUACAUUGGCGAAAUGCUCCGCUAUCUCGUCAACUCACCCACGGUCCCUGAGGAAACUCUGCAUAAAGUGACCGCCGCCAUUGGCAAUGGACUGCGUCCGGACAUAUGGACCAAAUUCAAAAACAGGUUCAAAGUCAAACAAAUUUACGAAUUCUACGGCUCGACCGAGGUACCUGCUAGCGUGAACAAUCUGUUCAACAUCCCUGGCAGUGUUGGACGACUUUCACCUUUGCUGAGCGCGGCCAUGAACCUAAGACUGGUCCGAAUGAACACUGAAACGAAUCAACCUCUUCGAAACUCGGAAGGAAGGUGUGAGCUCAUCGGCCCUGGCGAGAGUGGGCUCCUGUUAGCUCAGCUAUCAGACAAGGUUUCUUUUGACGGCUACUUAGGCCCUGUUUCCCAAACCACCAGUCGAAUUCUCCAGAACGUUCUGAAAGACGGUGAUUUCUAUGUCAACACCAAUGACAUAUUCACCCUGGACCAAGACUACAACAUGUUUUUCAAGGACAGGAUUGGUGACUCUUUCAGGUGGAAAGGGGAGAAUGUGUCAACAGCUGAAGUGUCGAACGUUAUGAACCGCGCUGGGUUCGUGCAAGAUACGAAUGUCUUUGGGGUCGCAGUGCCUGGCUGUGAAGGCAAAGCAGGAAUGGCGGCGAUCAACUUGAAGGAGGAGGAGUCUCUAGACGAAGACAAGUUAGAGGAGCUAGCACAGCUGUGUAAGGAGAAACUGCCAGUCUAUGCUAGGCCCAGAUUUAUCCGUGUCCAGAGACAAAUGAGCCUCACCAGCACGUUCAAACAACAAAAGACAGAACUGGUCAAAGAAGGUUUCAAUCCCGCCAUUGUGGAGGAACCACUGUUUUACUUGGACAAGUCCAGCAGUAGCUUCAAACCGUUGAACAACGACGUUUAUCAAGACAUCGCAGAUGGUCGUGUGAUGCUCUGAACCAGCACAAUAUAGCUCUCAGUGGAACCGCUUGACUCCGACUGUUGCCGUGAUUUCUGCAUGUUAUUGCACAGGGCCCACGAACAUUUUGCGGCAGUUCAACUGCCAUGUAAUGUUGAGCGGUAUUUUCCAAGUAAUAAUUAUAUGCACCUGUUAGUUGCAGUUAUUAUGAUUUUUUAAAGACUAUGAGAACUCUUAAUGUGAAAGCGUUUAUAAAUGGAGAGAUCAUGUGUUCGCAAAUUGCUAACUUUUUUAAAGAUUAAAUAAGUUUGGGUAGGGAUGUAGUUUGUUUGUUUUGUUUGGGUUUUUUUUGUUGGUGAGGGUGGUUGUUUUGUUUUUUCCAUUUCUUGUGUCGUCGUUUACUCUCAUGGUCCUAUUAUAGAGCAUGGAUUUGACCUCAGACCAGAUAGCUCUGCUUUCAAAUUGGUAUUGGUUUUUGUUGUGAAACCCGAAAAGAAAUGAACCAGAAGUGGCCGUACUUGCCUUUAUUGUCACACCACCCUCCUGGAACCCGGCACAGUGCUCUUUCGCUGGCCAGGAAAAACACGUGAGUAGAAGGUCGAAAGGGAAAACAUAACAAAGGCAGGACCAACACGUAAUUCGAAUAGGCCCGCUUCUUGGGAAUAUUUUUUUUAUUAAAGAC